AUGGGAGAAAAAAUUGCUCUGUGGGGCUUCGGUCGUAUGAACAAACUUAUGAUGAAAUAUCUACUUGAAAAGAACUACGUAAUAGUAACUGUAAUUGGAAAUCGUGAUCAUGGUAAAGACGCUGGAGAGGUUGCAGGUUUGGAAUAUUUGGGUGUGAAUGUAAUUAAACCUGAAGAAGCAGACGAUGUUCUUCGAGAGACACGACCUGCUUUAUGCAUUAUAUCUACUGUUAGUGGACUUUCUAAAAUAAAAGAUCUGCUUGUAGUCUUAGCCAGAAAUAGAGUUAAUGUGCUUACUAUCAAUGAAGAUGCUUUUUACUCGUGGAGUAUUUAGCCCGAGAUGACUAAAGAGAUCGAUGCUAUGUUUAGAUAGAACUAAGUAACAUUCACAGGUGCUGGAUAUUUUGAUCUGCUUGGGUGUUAUUUUGGAUCUCUAUUAGUUGGCAUUUCACACAAGGUUGAUAAGAUAUUAAUGAAAAUUCAGUUCAACCUUGAUGAUUUUGGUGCUGGAGAUGAAGAUGGAGUUGGUCUUAGUGUUGAGGAAUUCAAAGAGAAAUUUUAUUAGUCAAAGGAAGAAUUUUCAUACAUCUAGCCUCCAGUUGAGGCUCUAGCCUAUAAAUUAGGAUGGAAAGUUCUUAGCAUUUCUUAGAGAGAUGAACCAACCUUGGCACCUAUUGAUAUUCAAUCUAAUUAACACGGUAUAAUAGAAUAAGGUAGAGCAACUGGGCACAAAGCUAUCAUUACUUGCAAAGUGCUGAGAUAAGAUAACUAGGAAGCAGAAAUUUAGGCGCAAUUAAUUGGGUGUGUUUAUCAUGGAGAUAUGGAGGAUUAUUGUGAGUGGGAGACCAUUGGUGUACCUUCACUAAAACUUAAAAUUCCUAAACCAGACUCAUGUGAAGUCACUUGUGCUUCCACUGUCAACAGAAUAAAAGACUGCAUAAAUGCAAGACCAGGAUACGUUACUGUAGUAGAAAUGGGACCUAUUGCUUGA